GGCAAGGUUAAAAAAAUAGAAGACAAGAAAAAGUCGUCUAGCGUCUGCGCCUGCCGCAGGAUCUUGAUCCUGACGGAAAUUAUUUCUCGGGGGGUACUGCUUAUUUUUUCCCAUAGUCCCGCAAGUUUUAAUUUCAAGGAAGCGGCCGUCAUCAUGUCGAGUUCAGGGGAUUUCGGCAACCCGCUUCGCAAGUUCAAGCUUGUCUUUCUGGGAGAGCAAAGCGUUGGGAAGACAUCACUUAUCACGCGUUUCAUGUACGACAGCUUCGACAACACAUACCAGGCCACAAUAGGCAUAGACUUUCUAUCCAAGACAAUGUACCUAGAGGACCGCACCGUUCGCCUUCAACUUUGGGACACAGCCGGCCAGGAACGGUUUAGGAGCCUCAUUCCAAGCUACAUCAGGGAUUCCACGGUGGCCGUGGUGGUCUACGACAUCACCAAUGCCAACUCCUUCCACCAGACUUCCAAGUGGAUCGACGACGUGCGGACAGAGAGGGGAAACGACGUCAUCAUCAUGCUGGUGGGGAACAAGACGGACCUUUCAGACAAGAGGCAGGUGACGACAGAAGAGGGGGAGAGGAAGGCCAAGGAGCUCAACGUCAUGUUCAUCGAGACCAGUGCGAAGUCGGGAUACAACGUCAAACAGCUUUUCAGACGCGUUGCGGCCGCCCUCCCGGGAAUGGAGAACACGGAAAGAACGAAAGAAGACAUCGUGGACGUCGAUCUCAAAGACGGCCCCACGGAGACGCCUCGACCAGAGGGCGGAUGCGCCUGCUAAGGGGGAGGGGCCACGCUUCCCCUGCCCCCUUUCCCUCCCCUCUUGCCAAACGGUCCCCCCGCCUCCGUCCACGACACAGAGUUGUCCGACUGCAGCUACGCUCGGUGGGGUAGAUUCGGGGGACGCGACCGGUCCUGCCAUUGCCACAAAGUGCCCUGGAAAAGACGCCGUCGCCACACCCGCUUCCGUCGGACCGUCUUUUGUUGACCUGGCUACGAGCGUCUUUUUUUUGUUGGCUUGGCCACGACCGUCUUCUGUUCUUCCGGCAAAUGAAGGACAGCUGUGCUGCUCGCUGCCGUCCUUUCUAACAGACUGACGUUUCUUUUUGUGCGAGCCCCUCAUCCCUCUCCUCACUGACUGUUGUUUUCUCUUUGCCUGUCUUGUGUCCAAUUUUUGUGCGCUUUCUUGUAAAAAAAAAAAAAUUCAAAUUCUUUUGUUUUUGAGUUUGCUGUUGAUUCGGGGGCGCAACGUGGUGGGAAACUUGGUUUUGCCCGUUGCUUGGGUGGUGGGCGUGUUUCUACCAGACUGCGAUAGGUGCUUAGUUUGCUAUUUGUGGCCGAACGGUUAUAGUUUUAGGGGUGGAAAGGUGGUUUAACUCCGUCUUCGAAUAGCAGUUAAACUUACAUGCGCAGUGGCUAGGCACGUAGGAGGACAGCAUGCCUCCACGAAUUGCGAGAAUUUUACCUCUUUGCAUCUCAUAAGUUGCGAGAGUGCGACGUGUAAAUAUAACUGGUGUGUAAUCGAGGUGUGGUUGCUUUCUUUUUGUUUUAUCCAGCAAGAAUAAAAAGGUCACACCUUUUUUUUCUUUUUAUUUUUUCGUUCUUUUUCUUGAUUUGCUACUCCGGCCUCGGGCCGUAACGAAAUGACAGCCUCUUGUAGAAGCGUGCAUCGAGCAUUUUCGGCGUUGGAACGGCGUUUGCUUCGACCAAUUGUUGCAUUUGAACCGUCCUUUUUUUAAUAGGUUUGUAAUCUUGCGCUAGUGUUGUUUUUAAUGGGUGAAUGGUGAACUGUACAGCCGAAGAUUGUGCAGAAUGUAACAAAUGUUUAUAGAGGUACCUGUGUGAGCGUCUUGAUUUCCUACCAUUGUUUCACUAAUGUUGAGCUCAUGGAAGUGAAGGUGUUUGGCUACUAGAAUGUUUUCCCAACAAUAAAAAAAUGAGGACUUGCCCGUGCACAUUCUA